AUGCCUCAGCUCCGAAUCCGAUCGCCUUCAGGAUGGGGAAAUCUGAUGGCAUUUUGGUAAGUUAUAAAUCUAAAUUUACACAAUUCUGUCUAAAUUGUGGGUAAACUUUUAUAACUGAGAAAGAUUAUAUUUUUCAGGAUAUUGGGCUUGUGCAACAACUUUGCUUAUGUGAUAAUGUUAUCAUCGGCCAAAGACAUACUGGAUAUGGAUAACAAAGUGAAUAGUACAGAUCCAGACCGAUGUAUCGUAAGUAUUUCUUGUGGUUGUUUAGUAUUUUUAGCCGGAUAUGUCCAAGUUCCAAUGCAAUAAGAUAUCUACUGGAGCUGUGUUACUGGCUGAUAUCAUACCAUCGCUUAUCAUCAAGUUCAUGGCGCCUGUAUUACUGUACAUGCUAGCAUACAAGUAAGUUUAAGCUUAUUUUGAUGAGAAGUUCAUCUCUUUAUUUAUAUGCUUGGUUUAAGAUUGAAUUAAUUUUUAGGUAACAAAUUGACUUAUCUACUGUUGUUUUACAGGAGUUUUAGGAAGUAUCGGAAUGUUUAUAUGUUGAAUAGGAAUAAAGUAACGCUUUUAGUGUAAGGAUAGUGUUCACGGUGUUUCUGAUGGUCUCCAGCUUUGUUGUUGUUGCAAUAUCUACAAAUGUCGCUUUAGCUUUGUUUGGUGUAACACUAGCUAGCUUUGGUGCUGGUCUUGGAGAAGUUACAUUUUUGGCUUUGUCUUCUAAUUUCAACAAGUAAGUAUUAAAUUAUUUGAAUUUCUGUGGGUUAAAAUUGUAAUUAAACGUUUUAACUUUAAAGUUCAAACCUAUGUUUUACUAGUUCUUUUGUAUUGGCAUUAUUGUUUUUAUUCCCUUUGUCCUGACGGUAAAUCAUAUUUACAGUGACGUAAUAUCAUCCUGGUCUUCGGGCACAGGAGGUGCAGGAGUGUUUGGUGCUCUAACUUACGCGAUGUUAACUGAGCGAACAUUACUGAACCUCUCGCCAAAGACAUCCUUAAUAAUAAUGUUGGUAGUGCCAGCCAUCUUCUUUCUCACCUACUGGAAGAUGUUGAUAUCGCCUUCAAUUGUUCACAAAGCUGUUUUUUGGAAGCCUCAGUCUUAUGUGGUACCUGCUACAGUAAGGUCACGAAGUUCUUCUGGUGAACAUGAAGAGGACAGGCUAAUCGAGCAUUCAGAUGAGGAGGAAGAUGAAGCACUGCCUUUGGUUAAUGAAGAUGAAAAUUUGACAUUAUUGGGUAAAGUAAGGCCUCUUUUAAAGUUUAUGGUACCGUUGGCUACAGUUUACCUUGGAGAAUAUUUCAUCAACCAGGGAUUGGUAGGUUAACUUAGUAUUGAUAGUAUUUUUGAUGAUAUAAUUAUCAAUUUAUAUUUUAGUAUUGUUUCAAAGACACAUAUAGUUAAGUUUUAUAAUUUCAGUUAGAACUUCUGGUGUUUGACUGUAGCCACGGCUUCUCGAUGUCCGUAUCUUCACAGUACAGAUGGUAUCAAGUACUAUAUCAAAUCGGCGUGUUCGUAUCACGCUCUUCUUCCAACUUCGUACUUCUGAAUCGACGAUUCUUGGGCUUUGUAGCAAUCUUACAACUUUUUAACGCUACCGGGAUUCUUGUUCAGACGACACAACGGUUCAUACCUCAUAUUAUCAUAGUAUUUGGAUGGAUCGUGUUCGAAGGACUUCUAGGAGGCGCUGCUUACGUGAACACCUUCCGAAUCGUUCACAAAGAAGUCCCAGUAGCGAAACGUGAAUUCGCCAUGAGUUUUGUGUCUACUUCUGAUUCUUUUGGGAUUCUGUUGGCUGGGUUUGCUGCCAUUCCCGUUCACAACAUCAUCUGUUCAGCCUACUAUCAGUUCUUUUAA